GGGAACUAUAUCCCAGCGGCGCGGUCUGGGCCAAGCCCGAGUCCGAGGAGAGCGCAAAGCCAGGAGCCCAGGCUGACCCUCCUCCUUCCCUGGCCUUGGACUCAAGGUGCAGCCCCGACACUCGCCGCCAUCCCUUACACGCAUUGCGAAGAGCUAGGACUCAAGGACAUCCGGGAUGCGCGCCAAGAGAAGCCUUGGCUGCGGUCGCGGAGAAGCCGCCAGCCGGCUGCGUGCCAGCUGCCUGUCCCCAGUGAGGGUGACUGAAAAGGCCAGCAGCGUCACCGCCACCCUGGGGCGCCCUCUACCUGUGGCCGAGGAGAACUACAACUCCCAGAAGACGACGACAGGAUGUCGUACGCACGCGCAGAUUGAGGAGUCGACGCUCGCCACCUGCUGGUCAUUUUGGAGAACUCCACUCCACUGAGGCCAGCCUCCUCCAGUUUAUCAGCAUGCGCAGGCGUGGAACUACAGCUCCCGGAGUGCCUCGCAGCAACACAUGAAACUACACUUCCCAGAAGGCAUCGUCGCGGAACCCACGGUCUAGGAACUAACGGCGGCCGGGACAGAGUGACUGAUUGUAGACAUGGCUUCCCUAGCCCGGAAUUUUGGGUACCCCGCCUGCAGAUCGGCGGCCCAAUUAGGUGGCAGGUGGCUGCAACCCAGGGUCUGGAUGGGGCUCGCGGACGCCUGGGGCCUCCCCUCCCUUCAGCCAGCCCGUGGCCGCACGCGCGGGAACGAGUACCAGCCCAGCAACAUCAAACGCAAGCACAAGCACGGCUGGAUCCGCCGGCUGAGCACCCCGGCCGGCGUGCAGGUCAUCCUCCGCCGCAUGCUGAAGGGCCGCAAGUCCCUGAGCCACUGAGGAGCCUCGACGGGCCCGCGGGGAAUAGACUCGGACGCCGAUGGAAUUGCCCGAGGGCACCAUCCCUUUUCAGGCUUUGGAGUAUGCAGAGCCCCAGGAUCCCCGCAUCCCCCGAUCCACAGCCAGGGCUCCCUGCCUUGCGGUAUCUCAGCAGUUUCUGAAGGCAUCUUUGCAAGCCAGGCGGUUUUACCGCUCGCUAAUAAACAUUCACGUUUCCAGGC